GAGAAGUGGACACCUUGCGUUAUUAAGUGAAUAUGAAGGUGAGAUGGAUUGCGCUCAACCAGUUUUACUGACAAAAUUUACCGAACAAUUCGAGUGUUGGCCGUUAUUUACGAGAAAAAAGAAUGAGAAACGACAGUGAAGAAUUUACGGAUGAAGAGGGAUUUACCACGGUCCAGAGACGAAAAAAACGUCUACUUCGUAACUCUCCGCCCCACAACACCCAGUCACAAUUAGAGAUGGGAUCAAAUUUGACAGAAAAUUUGUAUGAAGUAUGUAUAACUUCAAAGGAACGCCUAUUACCAAAACAUAUUGCUGUGGCAAAGCUAUUAAAAACCAAUAAAAUUACCAAUAUUAUAAGAAUUAAAUAUAAAAAUGGGCAUAAAGUUCUAAUACAAUUUGAUACUAAAGAAAAUGCCGAAAAACUAUUAAAGUGUGAAAAAUAACUCAUUGGGGCUGAGAAGUCAUGUAAAUAAUGAAUUAAACAUGUGUUACGGCAUAUUCAGACAAAUGGACUUGGAGAAGGAUGUAGAAGAGCUAUUUGAAGAGUUAAAAUGCGAUAGGGAAAUUAUAUCUAUUAUAAGACUACGUCGAUUAAGUAAUGAUGGCACCUGGGUAGAUAGCGAAACGGUGCGAAUAUGCUUUAAAAGCCCCACUUUACCACCGUAUGUAAACGGAUACGGUACAAGGUUUAAAGUUGAGCCAUAUUAUAUUAGAGAUACAUUCCCUGUCACACAGUGCUCAGGCUGUUGGAAAUAUGGUCAUUGAUUAAAUACUGCCCAAUAAAGAAAAAAAUAUGUCCAAAAUGCGGGUUUGAACACGAAAAUUGUGAAACUACAGAAUACAAAUGCCUCAACUGCAAAGGUAAUAUUUCUCUUGACAAACAAUGUCGAAUUUUUAUAAAAGAAAAAGAAAUUCGUCGUAUAAUGAGUAAAGAAAACUGUCGAUAUAGAAAGGCCAUUAUAAAAUAUAAAGUGAUGAGUAUUACAGAAAAUAAAAAAGAACCCAAAAUAAUAAUAAAAGACAACCAAAGAAAAAUAGAAACAUCAACAAAAUUAACAUAUAAAGAAAUAUUAGAAAAGAACAUAAAUAGACCAAUUAUUACAGAAAACAGUAACGUAGAUAACAAUCAAUCAGACAACAGCUAUGACGAUGAGAAAUCAAAAGAAGAAAAAGAAUAAAAAAAAUAACUCAAAAAAAGAACAAAUGAAAAGAAAAGAUACGAAAUUAUACAGAACCUGCAAGAGAAUGACAGACAUAAAAUAUUUUUUAACAUCAUAAAUGGAUAGUGUACUUAACAAAAAAAGUUAUUAAUAUUUAUAUGUAUUAAUAUCAGUGGAAUCCUCAAAGUAUUAGCCCAAAACUGGAAGAAUUAGAAACAAUUUUAACACAAGACAAUAUUGAUUUAGUAGUUCUUAGCGAAACAUGGCUGAAGCCAGGAAGCUCCUUUAAGGUGAAAGAAUAGUUUUCAGAAAGGACAGAAGUGAUUCAUAUGGUAGAGUAGCUAUUUUAGUUCAUAAUACAUUAAAAGCUCAACUAUUUCCUAUUAAUAUAAGGAACAUCGGAAUAGAAAUAAAAGCUAUAAAGUUGCUUAAUUGUAAAUACAAUAAAUAACAUUUUAUCUAUAUAUUGUCCGUCGUCUGUACGAACAACACAAAACGAUUGGGAUGAAAUAUUUUCCGUGUUUUCAUGCAAAACUAUCAUUGCCGGUGAUUUUCAUGCACACCAUUUGAAUUGGUCCUUUGAAGAUAAAAACGGCACUCGAGGCAUUCAACUAAUGGAUUUGGAAAAUGGUUAUCUUCCAAUUAAUGAUGGUUAAUUUUUCUGGGCUACCAGAGUUAAAUUAGUGAAUCGGAAUUUGCAAGAAACUUCACACGACGUCACUUUCGUAUCUACAGAUAUUGCAACUAACUUUAAUUGGCAUAUUACUAACGAAAGCCUAGGUAGUGAUCAUCUUAUUAUUAAAUUAAAAAUAAAUUAUGAAGAUAAUCCUCAUUUCACCAAUAAAAGAAACUUUAAAACGUAGAUUGGUCAUGCUAUCGCGAGU